AUGCAGCAAGCUACGUAUGUUCAGAGCCCGUCGCAACCAGCGUACGUGCAGGGAUCCAUGGAUGCUCCUGGGGGGAAGCUGGUUGAACCGCGACUGCGAUUUGAAAGAGAGAUAGGGCGGAGAAGGCUCCUGGAGAUCUUGAGAGCAGUAGCGCACGAUGGCAGAGUAUUCGAGCAUGGCCAACAAGGGAAAGCAUGGACAGACCUCGUUGAAAGUCUCAACCAGCAGGAAAUCUUUCAGAUUCACGGCAAAGGAGCUCUCAAGAUCGGGACAGCGAAGGAGAAGUUUAACGAAGGGCUCAAGGCCUGGAAGGAAGAGUCGAGACGGAGAAUGGAGGCAGGAGAACCGGCUCCUGCUGAGACUGAGAUGGACGGGUCCAACAUCCUCGUUUGCUCUAUCUGUCUUGAUCCUCUUUUCAGCCUAUGGAGGAGGUGUGUUGCGUUGGAGGCCUACCAUCAGAGCCACGUGUUUCAGACACCGUUGACGCCUUGUGGAUCCAAGAGACCAGUGGUGGACGACGCGCUCUCGUUUCCUCCUUCCAUCUUCGACCGAGAGGAAGCAAGAGCGAUGGCAGAGCGCAAACUUGUGGCGGAAGAGAAGCGAGCUGUAGGCUUGGAGCUCAGAGGGGAGGCAGCGGAGGAGACGAAAGCCAAGGCUGAUCUGUUGCAAGCGCGAGCGACGAUGAUCGAGCGGUUGAUGGAAGCAAGACAACAGGGCUUCGCAGUUCCAGAUGAUUUCAUGCAACGUCUGCUCCAACAGUAA